AGGCGAGAGGAGAGGAGAGGCGGAGGGAGAGCCCCAGAGCAGACCUGCGUCUCGAGCUCGGGAUUUCGCAGAGCGCGGCCAGCAUGUUUGCCCCCAGCCCUGCCGCCUGGGGAUUCUGCCUUCAGCUUGUCUUCUGCUUUGCUUUAUCUCAGACUUCGUACGUUGACAGUGUCUUCUCAGUUUCAGCAGAUCUCCCUUGUUUGGAACAGAAGAAACGACUCAGCCCCAGAGCGUGCUGCCUCCUCGGCCCCCCGCCACCGCCGCUGUUCCCACCACCGUACUUCAGGCACAGCUGGAGCACACUGCUUGCCCUUGAUGUGAAAGACUUCUGUCAAGAGCUCCAGAUAACAGAGUCUUCCUCUAUACCUGAAUCAUUUUGCCCCUCAGGGCCUCCUGGCCCCCAGGGUCCACAAGGAAUUCCUGGUAUAAUGGGACCAAAAGGGGAGAAAGGGGAGAUUGGCAGGCCAGGAAGAAAGGGUAGACCAGGUCCCCCGGGCGUCCCUGGAAUGCCAGGACCAACUGGAUGGCCUGGACCAGUAGGACCCAAGGGUGAAAAGGGAGAUUUGGGUGUGAUGGGAUUGCCAGGUACAAGAGGACCAAUGGGCUCCAAGGGUUUUCCUGGAACUAGAGGAGAAAAGGGGUCCAGAGGUGACACAGGUGACAAAGGAGUCAAAGGAGACCAGGGAGAAAUAGGUUCCCCUGGAAUGCUGGGUCAGAAAGGCGAGAUGGGCCCGAAGGGGCAAUCUGGAGCACCAGGACACAGAGGACCUAUAGGAAGACCAGGAAAACGAGGCAAACAAGGACAAAAGGGAGACAUUGGACCUGUGGGAAUCAUGGGUCCACCUGGAAGGCCUGGUCCGUCAGGCCAGCCAGGCCCCCCUGGACCUUCCGGAUCAGGACAAUUAGCAAUAGGACCAAAAGGGGAAAGAGGACUUCCAGGGCCUCCAGGGAGAUGUCUCUGCAGGUCCCCACAAAAUGUGAAUAGUCAACCAUAUGAGGAAUCUGUGUUUGGACAUAGUUAUCCAAAAGUCCCUGCGAUUUUUGUGGUGAACAGUCAAGAAGAAUUGGAGCGGUUAAAAACUGAAAAUGCCUUAGCUUUUAGAAGAGAUCAACGAUCUUUGUAUUUCAAGGAUACCAUUGGAUGGCUCCCAAUCCAGCUCACCCCUUUCUACCCUGUGGGUUACCCCUUAGAGGAUGGUGGCACCUGUGGAGACGGCAUAGUGCAGGCUGGGGAAGAGUGCGAUGACGGCAAUGCGGUCGUGACCGACGACUGCAUAGAAUGUCGCCGUGCUUACUGUGGUGAUGGCUACAGACACGAGGGGGUUGAAGACUGUGAUGGGAAGGAUUUUGGAUAUUUAACAUGUAAAACAUAUCUCCCUGGGUCUUACGGAAAAUUACGAUGCACUUCGUACUGCUACAUUGACUCUACACAGUGUCGAUAUUUCACAUGAGGGGAGCGCAGGGGUGGGUAGCAUCCCACGCGUAACAGGGACACUAGGUGCUACACUCUCACUCUCUAUCCAAGAAGGACUGAGACAAGAAGAAAAAAAAACAAACAUGUCAUGCUGCUGAUGGCCAUUUUGAAAUGUUUUUCUUUUUUUAAAUUAAGCCAAAUCAGAGAUAAGUAGGACCACUGCAUCCUGUCUUAAUAGAAAAAUGUCAAAUAGUGUUUGCCAGUAAGACUUUCACAUGGCUAUGUGUGGGAACCUGCUCUCUAUCAUAGAUGCAACAUUAAACUACUGGAAACCAAAUUUCACUAGCCAGGAAUAUUGUGUAAAGACAACAUUACCUCGACUUAGCACUGUUAGACCUAAAUGUAAAUUCUUCAGGGUUUUUGUUUUUAAACCUUAUCAGCAUAAACACAAUGCAUAUCUUGGAUGCGGUGUUUAUAGAGACUCUUUACUCUUUUAUUACAAUGUGAACUUUUUAAGUGCUGUAUCCUUGUGAGUUAUGAUUUCGGUGCCGUUGAGGCUAACUCUGCACCCUCAUGGGUAGAGCAAGCUGAUGCCGUUCAGAAAGUGCUUUAAAGGGCAGCAAAUCAGGCAAAGAACCUUUGCCUUCGGGCUAAGAAGUUUGGCUCUGUGUGUCUGUGCACAUGCAGGAGUGACACCGUCCCAGGAGGCCUAAAAUCGAAGAACACAAAGGCUGAACUGGGCAAAUAAACUGUGAAAUAGCCAAGGAGCUCUCUCUUCUUGGAGGAAUCGGACUGGAAGGGAGGUCAAAAUGCGAACAUCGCUUGCUUUUCCACCGUUGUCAGGCUGACUGUAUCUUAUGUGAUACCAGGAGGACUUCAGGUUAGCUGUUUCCCUGAUUAUCUACCUGAAAUCACAACAUGACCAUGUACACAUUGAUUUUUCACCCCAGUUUCUGCACUGGAAGCUAUUAUUUUUUGUUUUCUUCCCCUUGUCCACCUGAUCUUUGUCAUUCAGGCAUCCAGUUAUAUUCUGUCCUUGCUGCACGUGUGCUGACCUCCCUCUGUACCGCUGUCUGUUUCUGCUGUCUUGUCCAGAGUAUUGCUGAGUGCACAUUCUUGGGGGUUUUAUCUCUACAAAGCAAAUCUCGGAGUAGUGUGUCUGAGGAUGCUCAUUCAGUCUGUAUGCUGUAUAAUGUACAUAUAUUUUUGUUUUUCAGAAAGUUUGGUCAAAUAUAUUAGCUCUGAUAGGAGUCAGGGUGAUUAUAUACUUAUUUACUAGCACGCAUUAAAAAGUAAAUUUCACGUGGGAAGCGUAUUAAAUGUUAUGUGCAAAAGAGUUUAUUAUAGAAGAAAAUGCUACAAAGAUGUGUGAAAUUCAGGUUUAAAAGCCUUAAAUGGAGGUGUUAUUUUCAUACAGGCCACUGUUUUCUGCUUUGCAAUAGAUGCUGUACAUGAAUAUUUGAAAUGCAUGAGUUAUAUGUAACAGUGACAGCACUGUAACAGCUGCACUUAGAUGGUUACUUCUAUAAAGGUUAAAUAAAGGUGGAUGCUAUAUUAUAAUGAUAAUGCAUUAAAG